AUGGCACCGGUAAGUGUGCGGAAGAGCAGCUCUUUGCCAGCAGGUUAUAGGGAAGACCCUUCCAAGGGUCCUAUGCUACGAUUCGAAGAGUCUCUACCCAAACUGCCAGUACCCACUCUAGAGGAGACAGCAGUUCGAUACCUCAAAUCCGUCCACCCUCUACUCUCCACCUCCGAGCUCGAGUCGACGACAAUAGCGGUCCAAGAAUUCAUAAAGCCCGGAGGCAUUGGGAGCAAACUGCAGGAGAAGCUGAUUGCCAGACGAGAGGAUCCUAAACACAAGAACUGGAUCUAUGAAUGGUGGAAUGAUGCCGCAUAUCUGUCCUACCGUGAUCCAGUCGUCCCGUAUGUCAGCUACUUCUACUCUCACCGAGAUGACAGACGGCGGCGGGAUCCAUCGAAAAGAGCUGCUGCCAUCACUACCGCAGCUCUAGAGUUCAAGAAACAGGUUGACUCUGGUACACUUGAACCUGAAUACAUGAAGAAGCUACCCAUUUCCAUGGAGAGUUACCAAUGGAUGUUCAAUGCAUGUCGACUACCUGCAAAGCCCGCAGAUCACCCAGUCAAGUACCCUGCAUCAGAAAACAAGCAAAUUCUCGUGAUCCGCAAGAAUCAAUUCUUCAAGGUCAUGCAUGAGGUUGAUGGGCAACAAUUGAACACAUCUGAGCUGGAACAACAAUUCAAGCGGAUUUAUCAAAAGGCAGAGAAGGCCCCAGCAGUGGGCGUCCUGACUACGGAGAAUCGUGACAUCUGGACUGAUGCGAGAGAUGUCCUGCUCAAGGCACACUCGUCCAAUGCAGCAGCCUUAAAGGCAAUCGAAUCUGCUUCCUUUGUGGUCUGCUUGGACGAUGCAUCACCUGUCACACUCGAGGAGCGUGCACACCAAUACUGGCAUGGUGAUGGCUGCAAUCGCUGGUUCGAUAAGCCUCUCCAGUUCAUCGUCAACGAAAAUGGGACUUCUGGCUUCAUGGGCGAACACUCAAUGAUGGAUGGUACACCCACCCAUCGCCUUAAUGACUAUGUCAACGAGGUGAUCUUCAACAACAAACUCGAUUUCUCCAACCCAUCAGUCCGCUCCAACCUACCCGAGCCUACUGUUGUCAAAUUCCACGUCAACAAGGAGGUUCAAGCCGAGAUCGAGCGCGCUGAAAAGGACUUCACCGAAGUCAUCGGCGCUCAUGAGCUCCGCGUUCAGGCAUACCAAGGCUACGGCAAGGGUCUAAUCAAGAAGUUCAAGUGCUCGCCAGAUGCAUACGUACAAAUGAUCAUUCAACUGGCCUACUUCAAAAUGUAUGGCAAGAAUCGGCCCACAUACGAAUCAGCCGCUACCCGACGUUUCCAACAAGGAAGAACCGAGACCUGCCGUUCCGUCUCCGAUGAUUCUGUUGCGUUCUGCAAAGCAAUAAGUGAUCCACAUAUUGAGCCCAAGGAGACUGUGGCGCUCUUCCGAAAAGCAGUAAAUUCUCAUGUGGAAUACAUCUCUGCAGCUUCAGACGGAAAGGGUGUUGAUCGACAUCUCUUUGGAUUGAAGAAGUUGCUUGGACCGAAUGAUGAGGUCCCUUCGAUUUACAAGGAUCCAACCUACACAUACUCAAGCAAAUGGUUCAUCUCUACCAGUCAGUUGAGUUCCGAAUACUUCAAUGGCUACGGAUGGAGUCAAGUGGUUGACGACGGAUGGGGAAUUGCAUAUAUGAUUAAUGAAAAUAGCAUCCAAUUCAACAUUGUGUCGAAGGGUCUUGGAAGCGAGAGGAUGAGUUUCUACUUGAACGAAGCGGCGGGAGAUAUUAGAGACCUCCUUCUUCCAACUUUGGAGGCGCCAAAGGCUAAGUUGUAA